AUGGCGGAAAAGAAGAAGUUCGACAUGGUCGCCCGUGGCUCCUACGGGACCAACCUACUUGGAAACACCCUGCUGAUUGGACUACGGGCGCUUGACCCUUUAUUGCAAAGACAUCUCCUGCUGAACUCGCCGCUUCCCCGGCUGGCGUCAAUGCUGGGACUCCCUGCUCCUCGGCCACCGCUCUCGGGCGGGCCUCUUCUACCAGCCACAGGUCUCACGCCGUACCAGACCGUGGUCUGGGCCAUGUCCGUCGGGUCGGCAGCAAAGCACAUUUUCUGGACACUUGUUACGGCCAGGGAACCCGUCUACCCAGCCGCGGCAGUGGCCAUCAGCGUCUUCAACUCCGUCUUCAAUGGCUUGAAUAUUCUCUUGUAUAAUGCGUCGGCGGAGAACCCGGCGUAUUUCGCACCGUGGAGUGUGUACUUCGGCACGGCGUUGUUCGUGGGCGGUGUGCUGAGCGAGACUGUCUCCGAAGUCCAGCGCCACAAUUUCAAGAACGACCCAAAGAACAAAGGCAAGAUUUACACUGGAGGGCUGUUCUCGGUCGUCCGUCACGUCUCGUACAUGGGCUAUUCGAUGUGGCGUGCCGGAUAUGCCAUGGCUUCUGGAGGUCCUCUGUGGGGUUUCAUCGUCGGUGGAUGGUUCCUCUGGGAUUUUAGCGUGCGCGCGGUUCCUGUCCUGGAUGUAUACAUGGCAAACAAGUAUGGCGAGCAGUGGGCGAAAGUCAAGAGGGAGGUCCCUUAUGCCUUGAUCCCGGGGAUCUGGUGA